AUGGAAAUAAAGGAGAUGCUCAGCUUGGCGCGGGUGCCUUCCAUCCUCAUGCUCGGGUUGGUUUAUGUGACCUACGUGCUGAUCGGCGGGGUGGUCUUCUGGAAGUUGGAGGGAGAACUCGGACAGAAGGACAUCGGUAUGUUACUGUUGAACAAAAAGGCUCUGCUUACUAAGUACACCUGUCUGAACCAGGAGGGCUUGGAGGCAGUGGCUCAGGUUGUUCACGAUGCGUCCAAGGCUGGCCUAAGUUUGAAGGGCAACUAUACCACAGAUGGCUUCUGGAAGUUCACCAGCUCAGCUGUGUUUGCUGCCACUGUGGUCACAACUAUAGGUUAUGGGAACAUGAGUCCCAGCUCUACUGCUGGCCAGAUCUUCUGCGUGUUCUUCGCUCUGUUUGGCAUCCCGCUUAACUUGGUGGUGCUCAGCAGGGUGGGCAAGUACAUGCUUGUUAUUGAGAGGAACAUCUCUGACUUCAUCGAGGAAAAGGCCGGGCGAAGGACAUGUACCCGCUUUUUUGUCCACCUGGUGUCCUACCUGUCAGGAGCAGUUCUCUUCUUUGUUGUGCCCAUGAUUGUGUUCCAACAGCAUGAAGGCUGGACCUACUCCCAGGCCAUCUACUACUGCUUCAUCACCCUCAGCACCAUUGGCUUUGGAGACUUUGUGGCAGAUAAUAAUCCGGACAGAGAAUACCCAGAUUGGUACAGUGUCCUCAUGGCCUCGUGGAUCUUCUUCGGCCUGGCCUGGCUGGCCCUGCUUAUCAAUCACUCCAUAGACAUCCUGGAGCGGCUCAACACCUACUUUAAACUGUGGUGGGGUGGACAGACUGGCAGUGCAGAGGGAGACAACCCAGACACUCAGGUGGAGGACGAAGAUGAGAUCAAAAAGCCUCCAGUAACUCAGUAA